UUUGGAUGCUCUUUUCUGGGAGACGCAGAGGCGGCAGAGGCCAGUCCACUCUCUCUAUCUGUUCCUACUGAAGAGGCAAACAUGAGGCCGCUUGUGCUCGGAGUGCUGGGCUGCUCUCUGCUCCUGUCCGCCCAGGCUCUGUACUCCUCCUCCGAUGAUGUGGUUGAACUCACCCCGUCCAACUUCAACAAGGAGGUGAUCCAGAGUGACAGCGUGUGGCUGGUGGAGUUCUAUGCUCCAUGGUGUGGCCACUGUAGAAAUCUGGCUCCAGAUUGGAAGAAAGCUGCCACGGCCCUCAAGGGCGUUGUCAAAGUCGGCGCGGUCGAUGCUGAUCAGCACAAGUCGCUGGGCGGUCAGUACAACGUCAGAGGUUUCCCCACCAUCAAGAUCUUCGGUGCCAACAAGAACAAGCCUGAGGACUAUCAAGGAGGACGCAGCACCCAGGCCAUUGUGGACGCAGCGGUCAACGCCGCGCGCAGUCUGGUGAAAGAACGGCUGAGUGGCAAGUCCGGCGGCUACGACUCCGGCCAGAAAAGCGGCGGCGGCGGUGGCGGCGGGAGCAAGAAAGACGUGGUGGAGCUCACCGACGACAACUUCAACAAGAUGGUGCUGGAGAGCGACGACGUGUGGCUGGUGGAGUUUUUCGCCCCGUGGUGCGGCCACUGCAAGAACCUAGAGCCUGAGUGGGCAGCUGCCGCCACAGCUGUUAAGGAAUUCAGCAACGGCAAAGUUCGCCUCGGGGCCGUGGACGCUACCGUGCACCAGGGUGUGUCCAGCCGCUACGGGAUCCGCGGGUUUCCCACCAUCAAGAUUUUCCGUAAAGGCGAGGAGCCGGAGGAUUACGAAGGCGGCCGCUCCCGGGGGGACAUCAUCGAGAGAGCUAAAGAGCUGUUCUUUGACAACGCUCCUGCUCCUGAAGUGCUGGAGAUCCUCAAUGAAGACAUCCUGAAGAAGACCUGCGAGGACAGUCAGCUGUGUGUGAUCGCAGUGCUGCCGCACAUCCUGGACACAGGUGCGUCCGGGAGGAACGCUUACCUGGAGGUCAUGAAGAAGAUGGCCGAGAAGUACAAGAAGAAGAUGUGGGGCUGGCUGUGGACCGAGGCCGGCGUCCAGAUGGAUCUGGAGUCCUCUCUGGGUAUCGGCGGUUUCGGUUAUCCCGCCAUGGCCGCCGUCAACUCGCGCAAGAUGAAAUUCGCCCUCCUCAGAGGUUCCUUCAGUGAGACCGGCAUCCACGAGUUCCUCAGGGAGCUGUCAGUCGGCCGGGGGUCUACAUCCACGUGGGGAGCCGGGUCCCUGCCCAAAAUCCACAACGCCGACGCCUGGGAUGGGAAAGAUGGACAGCUUCCUGAGGAAGAGGAGUACGACCUCAGCGACGUUGACCUCUCCGACGACGCCACGCAGAAGGUGGAGUUAUGAGCGCAGACUGAGGGAUCCGGUCUGGUCCGGUCUGGUCCUGCGUGACCCCCCCCUCCCCCCCCCUCCCUCUCCUGUGGAUGAAUGGGAGGUCCGGUCGCUCAGUUACUGAAUCACUCCAGUAAAGACACACGAAGGACACCUGCAGUUUCUCACAUCACCUUUCAGUCACCCAGGUGGAGGUGUGUGUGUGUGUGUGUGAGCGCACGUGUGUAAGUGUGUGUCCCUGGAGUGAACUGUUCCCACAUACCUGCUGAACAUUAGAAGCUGCGUAUUUAUACAGCUGCUGUCAGCUGAGGAGGAGGAGGAGGGUCUGAUUGUCAGCGUGGCGCUCUCUCUCUGUCUCUCUCUCUCUCUGUCUUUCUCUCUCUCUCUCCCCCCUCCUCAGCCGCCGUCAAGCAGCUAUUUUAAGAUGUGGACCUUUCAAAGUAACACUUCAACGUCCAGUCUGGUGUGACUUUUUUUUUUUCUUCUUUCUCUCUCUUUUUAAAUCUCUGA